AUGGCGUCUACCGGCGCCGGCGUGACAGUAUCCGUGAAGCCGCAGAAGCUCGUCUUCUCCCCGGGCGCCAAGAAGCAGAGCUUCGCGGUGACGGUGACCGCGCCGUCCGCUCCGGCCGCAGCAGCGCCGGUGUACGGGUUCCUCGUCUGGUCGGACGGCGGCGGGCACGACGUGCGGAGCCCCAUUGUGGUGACGUGGCUGCAGCCCAUGUGA